CCCCCGCCUACAUGUUUGCUUCUGUCUUCCAGUCUCGCACGUUGACAAGAUGUUCGUUUCCUGCGAUGGAUCCGCGUGUUCGGACUUCAAAGGCUUCAUGCUCCUUAUGCCAGCUGUAUCGGUGGGAAAUGUUGGCCAGCUAGCUGUAGAUUUAGUCAUUUCCACAGUUGGCAUGUCCAAAGUUGGUUACUUUUAUACUGAUUGUCUUGUCCCGAUGGUUGGAAAUAAUCCAUACGCAACGACAGAAGAGAAUGCAACAGAACUUUGUACAAAUGCUGAAGUGUAUGCAGCGCCUUCUAAACAGUUGGCUGUUCUACAGAUCAGAUCACUAUUCAUAAAGAAUAAAUAUAGGUCCUUUUGUCAGACACUACUAUCCUGGGUGAAAAGUUGCAGUUUUGCCAAAAUUGUUCUUCUGUCCAGCAGCCAUGCUUACCAGCGUAAUGACCAACAGCUUCAUGGUACCUCAUUGCGAUAUUUGCUUUCGUCUGCUGUUGAGAAAGCAGUUGGAGAACAAAUGCAGAGGCUGAACAGGAGAGAAUUGGAACAAACAGCUGCUUUCCCUGGAGUAACAGAUGAGAAAGUGUUCCACAUUCCAGGAGGUGGUAUCACAAAACUCUUGUUCACUGAAAGUUGUUCAAAGGGUAUUCCAAUGAUAGUUUUGCUGAAGUUUUGCUCAGAGGGAGACAAUAUCCCCGAUGCCCUGGCUCUUGCUGACUACCUUAAUGAAUGGCUCCAGCUAACUGCAAACCAAGUAAAAGUAUGCCAGCCCACAGUAAACAUGGAAAGCUGCAGUUCUCCAGCUAAAUCUUCCAGAUGGAAAAUACCAAGUUCCUGGAAAUUACUCUAUGGCAGUGGACUUCCACCUGCAUUGUUUUAAAUUCUCGUAUUUUGUUUAUGGACCACUUACUUAAAAUUUUAAGUUUUACACUUUGGACUCUAACAUGAAUUACAAUUGUGCAUAGCCUUGUGUGAAACUGAAUGAGCAGAUCUUACUGCCAGAGAUAUUUUAAUAUGCUGAGGCUACCUAAAGAAAAUUGUAACAUACAACUAUACAGAAUGAAAAUACUUUCCCCAUAAUAAAUUCAUUAUCUGUAAGCUUUUAGUUUAGCUUAACUUUUGAAACAUUCCAGGCCUUUUCUAAUUCUUAUUCAGAUGCUUAAUUACUUCUGCCUUAAUUCAUGCAGUUAGGAAAAAUCCAGGUACCGUAUAUUCCGGUGCAUAAGAAGGCUUCUGAACCCAGGAAAAUCUUUUCAAAAGUUGGGGGGCCGUCUUAUACACAGGGUACAAGAAUCUGCAGUCGCCGCAUAUGGUGGGGGGAGCUCAAAAACGGCCGCGGCUGCAUCCCCGCCGUAUGCAGCGACCGUAUGAACGUGAAGAAGUGCUCAGGAGAGGGCUGCUCCCCGCCAGGGAGAACGGCUCCCUCAUGGCUUUGCGACCCGGAUCAGCAUAGAGAUACAGUUUUGUGUAUUUCAUUGGUGUCAAGCUGUCGCCUCUUCUCUGUCAGCGCAUAGCGAAGGGAUCUCUCCCUCUCUCUCUCUCUCCGCUCUCUUUCACUGCUCUGCUCAGCGUCUUUUGCUGGCUGUGCGAGCCCCGAUGUCUCUGCCUCUCUAUCUCUCUCCUCUCUAUGGCUUCUAUUCCCCUUUCGAUCGCUCAGCCAGCCUCGAUCUCUCUGCCUCUCUCCUCUCCUCUCCUCUCCUCUCUAUGGCUUCUUUUCCCCUCUCAAUAACUAAACAAACAAACAAACAAACCACCAUUUCCCCAGCUGCAGACUUGAGGCUGUCUUCUCCAGCACUCCCCUCCCCUCCCUGCCAAAAAAGGGCUAGAGUACAGUAUAUCCCAAAUUCUAUAUUUUAACUUGAAAAUUAGGGGGUCGCCUUAUACGCCCAGUCGCCUUAUAUGCCGGCAUAUACGGUAGUUGAUAUGCAAACACAGUUUCAAAACAUAUUCCAUUUGAUAUGUAACACACCCAAAAAGAUGAUGGGCUUGUUGGAAAUGGAGGUGGUGAGAGGCAUCAAACUUUGUGUGGUCAUCUUGUAGAGACUGUCAGGAAUUCUGGCACAAAGUACUAGUGCAUAUUUGAAAGAUCACAACUUACCAUAUUCAACUUUGAUACAAAAUCAAUCUUGCUGAAUUGAGAUUUGAACUAUGGAUCUUUUGAAUAAAAACAUACGUACACAUUCACACACAAACAACCCUCCGAGGUACAAUGCUCAGCAGCCUAAAUCUGGGGAAAUGCUCAGAGAUCUGCAAUGAAAUAACAUGUAUGUCUAAUAUCCUGCGUUUAUAUUACCAAAGCUAGCUGCUUUUUGACACCUUAAGGCAGACUUCCUCAACCUCGGCCCUCCAGAUGUUUUGAGGCUACAGUUCCCAUCAUCCCUGACCACUGGUCCUGCUAGCUAGGGAUGAUGGGAGUUGUAGGCCAAAAACAUCUGGAGGACCGAGGUUGAGGAAGCCUGCCUUAAGGUUUUCAGAAGAAUAGUAACUUCAAUUAAUAUUUAGUUCGUUUUGCACAUUAUGUAGAUGAUGAUCAACAAAACUGUAUUUUUCAGUCUUAGACCAAAGUUGUUCCUUCUAUUUCCAGCUUUCAGAGGUAAGUACCGGUACCAUGCUUUAUGUAGCAAAAUAGCACCACCCACAUGCAAGAGAAAGGUAGGCUAAGGAAAAUUGAAGGCUUACAGAAACAUGCAGUUUUUGUUUUUAAAAAAUAAUUGGGAAACAGAAAAACAGCUCAAGACUGGGUGUGAUGCUUCAGUUCCAUUUGUAUAUUAAAGUGUGAAUAUGUUUCUUUUGUUGAAGGGUAGACAUUUUACCCAGUCUUUGGAAGGUGGGAAAUAACAAGGAUAGGGUUAAUACUGAUGCCAAUUUUCAGUUUGUUUUCUGUAAACAUGCUUUAUUUUCAGAAUAAUCAAACCUUAAAAACAAAUCUGUAUUGGAAACCAGUUUCCACUGUGCCUAAAGAUGUGUUAUUACUGAUAGUUUAUGUGUAGAUCCGCCCCAGACACUGGGAAGAUAGAGGAACCCAAAAUGGGCUCAAACAAAAAUAGGCAGAGGUCUUGUCUGUCUCUGAGGGGAGUCUACUGCCACAUGUCAGGCACUUCAGCAAAAAAAAACCCCAAUAAACCAAUCAGGUGGGCCAUGGACUCUGGACAGCCCAAGAAACACAGCUGAAGGUGCAAUUCCGUUUCUUAAUACAGCAUGACAUACCAAGAUACUAUCUGUAUUCAGAACUGCAUCAUUUUUAGCCAGUCAGGCUAACUUGCUUUUGUUGUGCAAUAGCCAAUAUUGGUCAUACUCAAGAGUAGACCUAUUGAACUCAGUUUGCUUUCUAAUGAAGCCCAGCCUAGUGCAGAUUUCCCCUGCAGGCCAUGCUAUUUAAAUUUACCAUCUUCCUGUUGAAAAGUAUCACAAUGGGAUUAAGUUCCAUUAGAAUUUUUUUUAAAGAAACUAGUUCUUUACAAGAACUUGUGAGUGGGCUCAUCAACUUUUUCAUAGAAUCAGAAUUGUAGCGGUAGAAGGGAUUCUGAGGGUCAUCUAGUGCAACCCUCUGUGAUGCAGGAAUCUCGGCUAAAGCAUCCAUGACCAAUGGCUAUCCAACAUCUGCUUAAAAUCCUCCAUUACUAUUUUUUUUCAUUUUGAUAUUGUUAUUGGUGGGUGGUAUUCUUUUGCUUUUUUAAAAAAAAACUCUUAAUACAGUAGUAUGUUGACAAAAGUAAUGUAGAUUACUUACAAAAAUGGUAGGUAUAUAAAAUGAACUCUAAUUUUAAAAAUGAAGAUAAAAUGCCUAUAUUGGAGACCAGUUUAUGUAUCACAAAAGUGUGAAACUUCCAAAUGUUCUCAUCAGGCAAGGUAUCACACAAGUAAUUUAAUCAAAAAUUUAAAUGGCUAAAGACUACAAUGUUUCUCCCACAUCCAGGAGCAAUCAUUGCUUCUUUAUUCCAGAAUCAUGUAUGUACAGGUGCCGUAGAUUUAACAUGUAUAUUUUCUCUCACCCCCUUUUAAUUUCAUCUUGCCUAAUGAAAAGCAAAAGCCUGCUACACUUUUGUGACUGGUUAGUCACGUAAAAGUAUUGCCCAACUGGAUUUUGGAGUUUUUUAAGGGCUCGACAUAGCUUCCUUAGCUUUUUUAUAUAUUCUGAUUAAUAUUUCAGGCGGCCAUAAUGGUAGCUGAAGGUGAUAAAAAUUAGGGAUGACACUUGAAUUUCUGUGAAAUGAAAUAGCCCUUUUGUGGGAUGGGGAAUAAUACACACACAACAGUAUGUCAAUUAAAAAAAAUAUUUAAUGCUGCCAAAAGUAUAAAAAAUACAAUAAGAAUGGCAGUACAAAGUAUUUUCUAGUGUGAUCUCUUACAUCUCUCUACAGUUAAUACAAGCAUAAAACACUUAAGACAAAUUUCAUUUUGCAAAGUCUUUUGCUGGUGAUGUACUUCAUUCCCUGGUUGUUUACGUUGUAAACAGAUAGUUAUGAGGCCACUUGUGUAUUGCUCAGACCUCAGUUUUGUUCCUGAAGAGGGGUCAUGUCCUGCUUUGCAUGCCAAAAGUAUAUAAUUUUUAGCUGCAGAAUAUUCACAAGUCUUGGAGAUCUAGGUGUCGGUCACUCUCGGCCUAAAGACACACAAUGUAAAAGAGUCACAGAUUCAGUACAAACAGAAGUAUACUGCUAAGAGGUAUUACAGUUUUACUGCAAUUGUAAGUUGAUUUUUUGAAAGUCAUGAAGGCCUUAUUUGAUAUUGAGUGGUUAUUACAACAGGUGUAUCCUUCCUACCAUGGAUAAAAUCUCUUUGAAUUAGUUAAGAGAAAGGCACUGGGAACAUUCUUGCUCCAAUUAAGGACCUUUUGAAUUAGGGGGGGGGGAAUACAAAAAUGCAUUUGAUUAAAAGGAAAGUACAUUGUACAAUGAGUACAAUUUUAUUGCAUUUGACUCCUGAAAAUUUAACUUUCCUUAGAAAGUUAAACGAAAAGCUUAAAACUAAUGUUAAGUGAGGAUACAAGAGAAAACCUGGAGAAUCAAGAUUUCAACUGAGUGCAAUAUUUUUGAAAAAAGUUUUAAUAUGUUGGAUAAACUAUGAAUUGACAAAGGCUUUUAGAGUAUUUUGAACAAGCUUGCUUUAGUUAGAAAUGCAAAUCAUCCAUUAUGUGUCUAAUAAUCAGU